AGACCUGCAACAAGUGUCUGAACAAUUGAAAGGAGAAUGGAUCUUUCGCUUUUUGUCACUGUUGUUUAGAGAACUUGAACGGCAAAUUAACGCAUCUUGUGGGAUAAACGGCAGACGGCGGUGAGCCUCAUCCACAGAGAGGGAUUUGGUAGUUUCUCUCAGUGUUCCUUAUGGAUUCUUAUAGAGUUAGUGGGAUACCAAACACUGGACUUGCACAGAGCUAUACCCAGCCCUCUCACACAAGAGGCCAAAGCAAUGGUACUUACGGCCUUAGUAUCCGAGUUCAGGGCAUAGAUGGACACCCUUUCGUGGUACUCAAUAACCAGGACAGAGGUCCGAACCCCUAUGGAGCCCCCCUUAACAAUAACGGAUAUGUAGAUUCUGAAAACCCAUUCCAUCACAGUUAUGAGGAAUAUGAAUACAAAAAUUUGUCAGAAGGCCCGUUUUUGGAUUAUAGACAUCAGAUGCCACAUGGAGGUCCUCACAACGGGACUUCUGAUGCUAAGAAGCAAUCCUCUCUUUUAAACUUCCAAAAGCAUCCUGAACUUCUCAAGCCAUAUGAUCCUGAGAGCAAUACUCUCGAUAACUUUGGAAGACAGCCUACGGUUGAGAUUAAAAAUCCCUACGCAUCACCCCUCCCUAGAGCCAACUCCCCUAUUGUGAGCCAAACAAGAACCUCCAGCCUGGACCGAUUGACAUUCCCAGAUGCAUUUUUACCGAAUGACAGGAGAAACACCCAACCUCAGGUUCGUCCUCAAACACUCCCAGUCAGUGUCCAAUCUCAAACCAGAUCGUCCAAAGACCAUGUUCAGACCCAGCCUCAGGUCAAACCCCAGGGCCAAACACAACCUCAGGUCAAGCCAACAUUGAAAACUCCACCGCCUUACCAGGCUCAACCCUCACAACGCCUUCCAGUUCCACAGGCAUCUACAACCGCCAUCAGCCCUUAUGACCACACCAGGGCAUCCUCCAGACCCCCCAGCUCAAUGAGUAGCACAAACUCCAGUUUGGAGCGAAGUCGACGUGAACCUGACAUCCUGCCCUUGCGGCGUGUUGACUCCAGCGGGCCCGUUCUACAGUCCUCCUCCUCCCGUAAGUCAUCUUUGAGCUCCACCACACCAACCAAGGAAGACCAGUUGGACCAGCUUUACGCAGAUAAUAUCAACCGCCAUGAAAACCGGCGCUACAUCCCUUUUCUGCCUGGUACAGGGCGUGAUAUCGAUACUGGUUCCAUCCCUGGUGUGGAUGAGCUCAUCAAAAAGUUUGACAGCAAAGAUACUUAUCAACGCAGGGGUCGAUCAGGACGGAGGAAUCGACUUAACCCAGAAGACCGGAAGCGGUCCCGUAGUGUGGACAGCGCCCUGCCGUUCGGUCUUGAGGGUGAUGACAACUAUUUGGAUGAGGUUAGCCGCAAUCGAGGCCGGUCCACAGAGCAUCUCCUUCGCCCAUCCCUGCUUCUACAGAAGGGUGCUGGAGCGAAAACCUCCACCAUUUCUCCACCCUCAACCAGACCCAGGAUGAACCUUAGAGACGCAGCACAAGUCAGCAGUGCUCCUGGUUUUCCUCAGGACACAGAUUCAAACUCUUCAGCUGCUAUUUUGGGGUACAAAAAUCCCCCAAAUCGUCCCUCCGUAGUGCCUGUAGAGAACAAAAAUGAAGAGGUCAGACCGUCACCGAGCAGAAGGACCUUGUUGAGUGUGUCAACGGGAUCAAUUUCUCGUCCUGCUGUCAAUGGAAAAACACCAAACAGUGAAGUUGAUGCUCAGGUGACGCCUGAUCUUCUAAGAGGUCAACAAGAGCUUUCACAACAAACAAAUGAAGAGACUGCCAAGCAGAUUUUAUUUAGUUACCUCAAAGAUGGGAGCAACGAUAAUGACGACACAACUAAGAGGAAGGUCAACCUGGUGUUUGAAAAAAUCCAGACGUUGAAGUCACGGGCCGCAGGGAGCGUGCAAGGGGACAACAAUUCUCCAGAUCUUUCCACCCAUGCUCGAGUCCUUCAGGAGCAGAAAGCAGAACUGGAAAAAGAGAUUGUAAAUCUUAAGAAACAGCUUGAAGAUGAAAGCAAGAGGUGCAGAGAACUGAGCGAGACUCGACAGAAGGCGGGAACGGGAAUGAAAGACUCGAGGAGAGAGUUGGAGCAGAGUCAAGCAGAGUGUGCCAAACUGCAGGACAAGCUUAGUAAAACAGAGGCUGAUCUGCGCACUACACUCGAAGAACUCUUCCAGGUGAAGAUGGAGAAAGAGCAGUACCAGACUGAGAUCAGAGACCUGCAGGACCAGCUCUCAGAAAUGCAUGAUGAGCUGGAUGGAGCCAAACAAUCUCAAACAGACAGCAGCGAGAAAGAGGACAUAAUGAAGGAGAUGAUGCAGAUAAGACUGGACCUGCAGGACCUGCUCCUUGCCAGAGAGGAGCAGGAGGAGUUGCUGAGGAGGCGUGAAAGGGAGCUGACAGCCCUCAAGGGAGCUCUGAAAGAAGAGGUGGCCACUCACGAUCAUGAGGUGGACAAACUUAGGGAACAGUAUGAGAAGGAGCUCGGUAAACUCCAGACGGCUGCGGAGGAGGCCAAACAGAACAAUGCCACAGCCAACAAGCAGAAGGAGGAAGUGGAGGCAGCACGUCAGGUGUCUGAUGGCAAGACGAGCCGUUUGACUCAAGAGGUGGAGAGGCUGCGCAGAAGGGUGCAGGAGCUGGAGAAUGAGGUGGCCAAACUCAACUGCAUCACUGAUGAUGCCAAACUACAGGAGAACAGGCUGAGCGAGCGAGCCAACCGUCUGGAGAAAGAGAAAAGGCAGUUGGAAGAGUCUCUCGCUGAGGUCAAGGAACAGGAAGAGGAAAUGACCCGAGCAAACCGGGCACUUAGCACUCGCCUGGAGGAUGUGCAGAGAAACUUGACCAAAAUGACUCAUGAGCACCAUGAGCUGCAGGAGCGUCUAAAAGAGGAAAGGAGUCAGAAAGAACAAUUUAAAAGCACCAAGAAUGAGAUCGAAGAUGAGAGGAGGCUGCUUGACCGGACUGUUGAGAAACUACAACGGGAGAUGUAUGAGAUAGUAGAGGCGUCUCAAAGCUCAACUCAGGAGCUGCAGGAACAGAUAGACAUGUAUAAAGAGAAGAACCGGAGGGAGAUGGCCGAGCUGCAGAAACAGCUGAGAGAUGGAGGACUGGAGCUGGAGAAAACACGUCUUACCACCAAGACCCUUCAGGAGGAGCUGGUGCACAUGCAGGAGGAACUGCGGCAGUGCCAGAGAGACAGAGAUGAAGCGCUGCAGAAAGCAAAAGACUUGGAGAACAAGGUUUUCGAACUGGAGGUCGAGGCAGAUACCAAAGCCCACUCAAAUGACAAAUCCAGACAGCUCAAGCUCCUUGAGGACAAAGUGUCACAAUUAGAAAUGGAAUUGGAGGAGGAGAGGCAGAGUGGAGACAUGAUGACGGAGAGAAUAGAAAGAGGGAGAGAACAGCUGGAGCAGAUGAGGAGUGAGCUCAUGCAGGAAAGAGCCAGCAGACAGGAUUUGGAAUGUGACAAGAUUUCCAUAGAGAGACAGAAUAAAGAUCUGAAGAGCAGGAUCGCAUAUUUAGAGGGAUCCCAGAAGCCCAGUAAAGAAGGACUUGUGGCACAGCUGGAGAAUCGCAUCCAAGAACUGGAAGAAAGACUGGAAGCAGAGGAAAGGGAACGUGCAAACCUGCAGCUGGCGAACCGUCGGCUGGAGCGUAAGGUGAAGGAGACGAUGAUGCAAGUGGAUGAAGAGCAUCAAUCACUGCAGGAUCAGAAAGAUCAGCUGAACCUGCGUCUGAAGGCUCUGAAGAGGCAGAUGGAUGAGGCAGAGGAGGAGAUCGACCGACUGGAGCACAACAAAAAGAAACUGCACAGAGACCUGGAGGAGCAACAGGAGGCCAACGAACAACUCCAGACUCAGGUCAAGUCACUGCGCAGUGAGAUGAGGCGUAAGAACAACUCUGCACCAAUACUGAAUGCUGCUGAUGAUGAUGACGAUGAUGAUGAUGUCAGCACCGAUGGCGAGACUUACUUCAGCUCUUCAUCUGGCUUCAAGCGCUCUGGCAGUCAGGAUAUCAUCAGUUCCAAUUUCGCUCUGUGAAACACUACUGGAAACUAGAAGGGAGUUGUAGAUGAAGGAGAGAUGCACAGAAGAAUUUGUGCUCUCAGUUAUGAACGUUUUAAGCUUUUGUGACUUGUCAUGUAACCAUGAGACCAAUACUAAUGCCUUCUUUACAAUCUUCUAUGUGUUCAAAUCUGUUUGAUAGCACUGUAUAUCUGCAGCAAAAUGCUAUGCUUUCAAAUAUAUUUUCGUAUUCCUUUUUUAUGAAACAUUCUUAAUUCUGCUAUUUUACUAAACUCACAGAUAUAAAAGUUACCUAUCCGGAAUGUGAAGGACUGACAACACUUAAAAACAACACACAUGAAGGGAAGUAUUUAUGAGGGACAGUUAAUAAAAUAAAACACAAGUUAUGUCGGACAGUUUUUUUACUUAAUGAACAAGUAGACGUAAUUGUGAUUUUCUAACUAUUCAUGUCAAGCUGCUCUCACUUCUGUAUAUUUUUUGCUCAUUUUCAACAUUUAUACCAAGCGCCUUCAGAAUGUAAAGAAAUGCACUGUUGCGACUGGCUACACCAAUUACCACAAAUAUAUGUUACAUUGUAUUGACAUUUAUGUUACCAAGUCUUUUCUCUCUUCAACACAAGACAGUGUUAUAUAUAAAUUGUAUGAGCCUGUUGUAGGUAUCAGUUCACCUGCAUGUUGUUACCUGUGGAAAUGCAUCCUGUACUUGCAUAUACUGUAAAACAUUUGUGUGCCUGUCUUUAUGCAAAUUUUGUAUAUUACUGUUCUGACAAUCACCCUUUUGUAAUACACUGUGAUGAUUUGCACUGUAUGUGGAACUGAACAAGAAAGAUUGAAGAAAGAUCCUGUCUCUACCUCUCUGUGCACAACUACAAAUUUAUGUAAAAGAAGAAAACUGGAAAUAAACUCAGUUA